CCGGUUUCUCUUCAGGCAGUUGUGUGGUCAGCUGCAGUCGAGGGUCCUUCUAUUGGAGGUGACAUUCAGUCGGCUAGCAGAGACGGGGAAUAGUUAACAUCACAAACGCCUCAAAAUGGCACAGGCAGUGCAGAAGUUGGUUGCUAAAGUACCCACCCUGGUUAACGCCGCUGUCACCUACUCCAAACCUCGCCUGGCAAACUUUUGGUACUAUGCGCGUGUUGAACUUGUCCCACCUGCCCCUGCUGAGAUCCCUAAAGCUAUCGAGGGGGCCACAAACAUCAUCAAGGGGUUCCAGACGGGACGUCUCGGUCAAACCACAGUGAAGGAUGCUUUAAGGAACGGGCUGGUGGCCACUGAGGUGCUGAUGUGGUUCUACAUUGGAGAGUGCAUUGGCAAAGGAGGCAUCGUGGGCUACAAUGUCUAAAUUUUGGACUUUAAAGCAUUUUUUCUUCUUUUGAGCAUUGUAUGCUCAACCUACUCUAAGAAAUAUGGGAACCAGUAAAGCUGUUUGUUGUGUUAAAAAAAAUCUGUUUUUGACUCAUUAAUUUAACCUCAAUAUUUAAUUAAUCUGCAGGUUUACUACAAAAUGUUAUUCCUCUGCUCAAAGCUGAGUUGAACGUGUGUAAUCAUCGUUACUGUUGCUGUCAGUACGAUAGUGCAAAACCUACCAACAUGAAAUCAUGUGUUGUACUAUUACUAAUUGCAAAAUUAAAGACUGGUCUUUCAAGUA